AUGUCCAGCUCCCUGCUGGCUGGAGGUCAUGUGGUCAGCCUGACUCCCCACGAGGAAUCCAGGAUGGCCCUGCACCCAACCCCCAGCCCUGGCCUCCCAGCCCUGUGUCCUUACUACACCACAGAGAGCUGGGGAACCCAGCCUCUGAUGGCCCCCACGCUCUGCAAAGGCAGCUCCAACAGGCUCCAGCAGGUCCAGCAAGCUGAGGCCAAAGCUCACAGCCUCCUUCAAUGCCCUGGGGAGCAGGCCUCAGGGGGCUCGCAGGAUCUGGACUCUUGCAUUGACUUCUCACUGGAGGCCCUCAACCAGAUGAUCCUUGAGCUAGACCCCACCUUCCAGUUGCUUCCCUCUGGGAUUGCUGGUCCCCAGGCUGAGUCUGCCAACAGUAUCACUUCAAGGAACAAGAAGGAGGAACCUGAAGCCUUAGAUAUAAAGUACAUCGAAGUGACCUCCACCAGAUCAAGAUGCCUUGACGGUCCCCAACGCUGCUCCAGCCCAUGUGUCACCCCACCAUUUGGCUCCCCACGCAGUGGUGGCCUCUUCCUCUCCAGGGACAUCCCCCGAGAGACUCGAAGCAGCAGCAGCAGCGAGAGCCUCAUCUUCUCUGGGAACCAGGGAAGGGGUCCCUCUCCCCACACUCCUUCUUCCCUUAGCAGUUCCAUCCCUUGCCGGGAGAGCAGGGCCUCAGGCUCCCCACUGGCAACUCCUCCAGGUUGGGAGAAAGGGCUGAGAGCCCCACAUCGGGGCAGCAGGGUCUCUAUGCUGUCGGCCAGCCCUGUAUCAGAUGUCAGCUAUGUGUUUGGAAGCAAUCAGUCCCUCCCCCACUCAAGCUUCUCCAGCUAUCCAUCAUCUUCUAGAUCCUUGGGAAGUCCAGCCAGCUCAUCUUCCAGCCUCCACAGCCUGGACCGAGGGUCCCAGUGUGUGAGACCUAGUGAUGCCCAGGCUCCUCGUAACCCCGUACUGGGCAUGGGCCAGCCCCAAGCAGUCCAGUCUACUCCAGUGGCUAAAGAGCAGGCGAGUAGCUGCCCCCCGUCUGUCACCAACUCCAUAGUGGACAUACCUAUCGUGCUUAUCAAUGGGAGCCCAGAACCACAGUCUCCCCCAGCCCAGCGGACGCCAGGACACCAAGACUCUGUCCAGCCUAGGGCUACAUCUCCCGGCCACCUCUCUCAGGCCACCAAGAGCCACAGCAAGACUCUGCCGGAUGUUCCUCCCACUGCAUCUCCAGAAGGUCCUGCCAAGGAUAUGCAGCCCACCAUGAAAUUCGUGAUGGACACAUCCAAGUACUGGUUUAAGCCAAGCAUCACUCGAGAGCAAGCAAUCAACCUGCUGAGGACGGAGAAGCCGGGUGCCUUUGUCAUCAGGGACAGUUCCUCCUACCGAGGCUCCUUCGGCCUUGCCCUGAAGGUACAGGAGACUCCAGCAUCUGCUCCAAACCGACCGGGUGAAGACAGCACUGACUUUAUCCGUCACUUUCUGAUCGAGUCUUCAGCUAAAGGGGUGCAUCUGAAAGGAGCAGAUGAGGAGCCCUACUUUGGGAGCCUCUCUGCCUUCGUGUGCCAGCACUCCAUCAUGGCCCUGGCCCUGCCCUGCAAACUCACCAUCCCACAGAAAGAACUGGGAGGUGCAGAAGCAGCAUCAGACUCCCCCACACAUGGCCAGACCUCUUGCCUGAAGAUAUCAGCUGGUUGCCACACGCUGUACCUGAGCUCUGUGAGUGUGGAGACCCUGAGCGGAGCCCUGGCUGUGCAGAAGGCUAUCUCAACCAUGUUGGAGAGAGAUGUUCUCCCCACACCCACUGUCGUCCACUUCAAAGUCACUGAACAGGGCAUCACUCUGACAGAUAUCCAAAGGAAGGUGUUCUUCCGACGGCACUACCCACUCAUUGCCCUCCGCUUCUGUGGAAUGGACCCCGAGCAACGGAAGUGGCAGAAAUACUGCAAGCCUUCCAGGAUCUUUGGGUUUGUGGCCAAGAGCCAGACAGAGCCACAAGAGAACGCGUGCCACCUCUUCGCAGAAUACGAUGCGGUCCAGCCAGCUUCCCAGGUCAUCAGCCUGGUGACUGCUCUGCUUCAGGACACAGAAAGGAUGUAG